GCCCUCGUGAAAGAGGCCCCCCAAAGAAAAUCAAGAGCCCCCAGAGAGCUCUCUUGUCCCUUCUGUCCUUUGAGGACACAGCCAAAGAUGUCCGUCUAUGAACCAGGAGGUGGGCUGACCAGCCACCAAAUCAGCCAGUACCUACAUCUCGGACGUCCCAGCCUCCAGAGCCGAGUCUGCUGUUUCUAAGCUGCCCAGUCUGUGGUGUCUGGCGCAGUGGCCCAGGGACACGAGGACAGCCCCCCUCCCUCAGGCCGGCCCCAUAUCCUGUUCCCAAGUACGUGUCCUUUCUCUCCCUCUGGGCACUUUCUGUUCUUGCAAAACAAAUAAGGGAUGCGGUCAGACACCCCUUCCUUCCAGUCAGCUGUGGGAAAGAGGGAGGGGCUGCUCCUCCCCAGGGACCCUCCAGACGCUACCCUCCGGCUGCACCAGUGUCCCUGGCGCUGGAUGUCACUCUGGUUUGUCCCCAGCACCUGGUGUCUUCUAAGGCCAGCAGCACUGAGUUCCAGAGCUCUGGGCCGCCAUUCUGAAGUGGAAGGUUUGCGAACACAAAGGUCACAGGAAGGCGGCCGCGCGAAGGGCAGGAGAAAAUGACCGUCCCUGGGCCAAGGCGGAGUGAGCAGCUGCUGUUCCUGGGCCUCAUGGCCGUCGCGGCGGCGGUCAUCUCCUUGCUGUUCUACGCUCUGCUCUGGAAGGCCGGCAACCUCGCAGACUUGCCCAACCUCAGGAUCGGCUUCUACAACUUCUGCCUGUGGGAUGAGGGCACUGGCUCACUGCGGUGCCACCAGUUCCCUGAGCUGGAGGCCCUGGGCGUGCCGCGGGUAGGCCUGGCCCUGGCCAGGCUGGGUGUGUACGGGGCCCUGGUCCUCACGCUCUUUGUCCCCCUGCCUCUCUUCCUGGCCCGGUGUAACAGCAGCGAGGGAGAGUGGCAGCUGGCGGUGGGCUUCCUGGCCAUGUCCUCUCUGCUGCUGGCCAGUGGCCUGGGCCUCUUCCUCACCUACACCUGGAAGUGGCUCAGGCUCUCCCUCCUGGGGCCUGGGUUUUUAGCUCUGGGCACUGCCCUGGCCUUACUUGUCCUCUUGCUUAUGGCCACGGUCAUGUUCCCUCAGAGGGCGGAGGACAAGAGCAAGCUGGACAGCUUCUAGUUCUAUCUAAAGGCUUACAUGAUUCCAAGAGUUCAGUUUGAACCAUGCUCAGAGAAAGUGCCAGAAAAUUGAGGUGCUAGUAUGUCUUCUCAGCCUGUUUCAUAGGGAAUGCUGAUUUCAAGCCCUAGCAGAUGGGCCCCACCCCAGAGAAAGGGGGGUGCCCAGUGUCCAGAAGGCCAGGAGGCAGCAAUGGUGGGACAACCUUUGUGCAGGGUUGUCCUUCCUGUGGGACUUCUGAGGUUUCCAAGGACACCCCAGACCAUGUAGCUCCUUGUCCAGAGAACUCCUGCUCUAACGCACUGAUCUGAGCAAGCCUUUCUUACUUUGUCCUCAGGAGGACAGGGAGAGGAUUGCCCUCACGAGGCCUGAUUGCCAGGAUAAUUGGCCAUAUAUCAAACUAGAACCCAGGAAAGGUUUAUGUCAACAAAUGGGGAACAUUAUGAGAGAGAGAGUGUGCCUCAGUGUCCCUUGGGGCCCUGGUUAGCAAGCUCUCCCUCCCGGGGUGGGUGUGACGUGCAGAGCCCCUCUCCCAAUACCACUCCCGAAGGCCCAAGAGGGACCCCUCAAGGGAUUCAGCACAGACAGAACCCGUGGGCACAAACAGAAGCCUCGGAGGCUUUGAGGGCUCUCCUGGAAAGGCUCCUGGACCUGAGGCCGGACGCCGCAGGGGCGGCAGCGGGCAAAUCAUUCCUCGCACGUGCCCUGGGAGUCGGGAACAGAAUGCGCCAGAUCCCAGGGCAGGAGAGGACGGCGCACGGAGCCGCCUGACGUACAGAGGCUGCACCUCCCUCUUCACUCCUCCACCGGGAACUGCAAAGGAUAAAAGCACAACCUUCGCCUUGGGGGACUGUAUUUCUCCGCAUCUGCAUAUCAGAAAACCCGGACAGCGAACGACAGCCCCAUUCCAUGCCUGUCCGGAGCCACCCUGAACAGAGACAGAAAUGCAGACUCUGGCGGGAUCUGGUCCGCUGUCUCCCUGGACUCCCGGGC